AAAGCUGAGGCUUCCAUGGUUUUCACGAAUUUCAGUGCCAGACUGAAGCCCACCGCCUCAGUUUGUUUUCAGGAGGGUAACGUAAAUGACCCAACAACCAGGAUGAUAGACAACCAAGAGUUUAUGGUGGAGGCUUACCCGCGGGAGCUCACCCAGAACCCGCUCAGGAAGAUAUGGAUGCCGUGCAAAAACGGCCACAUCGUUCAUAGACGCGUGUGCAUGACAAACUGCCCGACCCUCAUUGUGACAGUUGGACUUCCAGCCCGAGGGAAAACCUACAUUUCAAAGAAGCUCACACGCUACCUAAACUGGAUAGGCGUGCCAACGAAAGAGUUCAAUGUUGGCCAGUACCGGAGGGAGUGCCUGAAAAUCUACAAGUCCUUUGAGUUUUUCCGUCCAGACAAUGAAGAAGGCCUAAAAAUCAGACGUCAGUGCGCUUUGUCAGCUCUUAAUGAUGUGCGGCAGUACCUGAGCGUCGAAGGAGGACAGGUUGCGGUCUUUGAUGCCACUAAUACAACAAGAGACAGAAGAAAGACCAUCAUCAUGUUUGCUGAGCAGAAUGGAUACAGGGUAUUUUUCGUGGAGUCUGUGUGUGAAGACCCAGAGGUCAUUGCCCAAAAUAUAGUGCAAGUUAAGCUGGGAAACCCAGACUACAUUGACUGCAACUCAGAUGAGGCCAUCAAGGACUUCAUGAAGAGAAUAAAGUGUUAUGAGUCAUCCUACCAGCCUCUGGAUGAGGUUCUCGACAGGGAUCUGUCCUACAUAAAGAUAAUGGACGUGGGCCGCCGUUACCUGGUGAACCGCGUCGUUGACCACGUCCAAAGCCGAAUUGUCUACUACUUGAUGAACAUCCACAUCACACCGCGCUCCAUCUACCUCUGUCGCCACGGUGAGAGCGACCUCAACAUCAAGGGACGCAUCGGAGGAGACUCGGGCUUGUCUGACAGAGGAAAAGAGUUUGCCAAACGUCUGAGGAAUUUCCUCCAGGAGCAAAACAUCAAAAAUCUUAAAGUGUGGACGAGUCAGAUGAAGAGGACAAUCCAGACCGCGGAGAUCCUUGGAGUGUCGUACGAACAGUGGAAAUCUCUCAAUGAAAUCGACGCUGGCGUGUGUGAGGAGAUGAUGUACGAGGAAAUCCAAGAGCGUUACCCUCUGGAGUUUGCCCUGAGAGACCAAGACAAAUACCGGUAUCGCUAUCCGAAAGGAGAGUCUUAUGAAGACCUGGUUCAGCGGCUGGAGCCCGUGAUCAUGGAGCUGGAGAGACAGGAGAACGUUCUGGUGAUUUGUCACCAGGCAGUCUUGCGCUGUCUUCUUGCAUAUUUCCUGGACAAGACUGCAGAUGAAUUGCCUUAUCUUAAGUGCCCUUUGCACACAGUACUGAAGUUGACCCCAGUGGCUUAUGGAUGUGAAGUGGAGUCUUUCUGUUUAAGCGUGGAUGCUGUAAACACACAAAGAGACAGACCAGAGAAUGUGAAUGUGCAGCGCAGCACCGAAGACGCUCUGCAGACAGUCCCUGCUCACUUCUAAACUCCUCCACUUCCUGUCCCAGCCGAGACCUCAUCUGACUGUUUUUUUAGGACUUCUGAACAGCAUUGACGGUGCUGCUCAGCUGCUGAAUGAGGCAGCUUUUUGCCUGUCUCAGAGACAUCUUUUUACACUCUCACUGUAAAGCACUUUCACUAAACGUCCUCCAUUUUAUACAUUUAUUUUAAUCGUACAGUAGCUUGACUCUCUUUGUGGGAGGGCAACAAAAGGCAGAUGUGAAUUUUUUUUUUAUGUGCACCUUGUUAAAGGUGCAAAAAUAUUAACUUUAAUCAUUGUCUUCCAUGAUGAUAUUUAAUAUUUACUGUAUAGUGGGCAUUGUGUAUACUGCCAUAUGGGCCCGUUGCUCGUUUCUGAAGGUGUUUUUAUAUGAAGAAAGAGAAGGAAAAAAAAAAAAAACACCAGAAAAAGAUCGAGGACACUAAUCACAAAUUGCUUUUUAAGUGUUUUCCUUUUCUUGGCUGUUAACAUUUCAUUUUUUUAAAUUUUUUAUUUUUCAACUAAAUGGAACAACGUGCCGUGACUGCUCUCGGUGUUAUAAAUGAAAUCACUCCAGAAAUUUAACAGUGAGCAACCCACCCCUCCUGAAAAAACAUUAGGGGGGUCGAGAUAUUAAAUGCAUGUAGCGUGUUUUCUCAAAAAUGUAAGUCAAUAUGCUAAAAAUCCGAAAUGAAGCACUUCCAUUGUUGUAAUCAUGAUGAAGCCAAAAGCUAUUUGUAUAUAAGACUAAAAGUUGAAAGCCUGUUACUAAAAGCAUUUUUGGCCUCACUCUAACCUUCACAAAUGAAAAAGAGUAUAACAAAACUGUGAAAACUGUACAUGCAUGUUUGUUAAAUUUGUGUGUAAAACCACGUGUAUUAUACUUUUUGUGGGGUAAUGGCUUAUAUUACUAUACUGGGGGAAAAAAAAUUACCCAAAAUGCCUUUUCUGUUUCCAGCUGUUAGACCUCAAUAAAUUUGAAUGUUUCUUGUAAA